AUGUUUGAAGAUAAAUCGGACAUAAGUAAUAUUAACGAAUGGUAUCAAAAAGUACGAAUGUGUCGGCAUGUACCACCGCGACGUUUACCGAUCCACGGAUACGAUAAAGCGGAAUGCUACGCGUUAUCAUUACGAAAUGCGCAACUGCCUGGUUUAAAAAUGGACAAGUCAUAUCGUAUUCAUGCCUAUUUCUAUGAUAAACAGCGAAAAUAUUACUUCGGGAAACCGUUUUAUGGGGGAUGGUACCAUUCUGGCUCUGAUUCCAUAUCUUUUGCUGAGGUAAUCUUCUUCUGGUGUCCAUUUACCGAUAAUAUCGACACAGUCGUGGAAGUGGUUGAGGGAGAACAACGAGGAGAAAAUUGGAGUCAUCUAUACACAGCAGCAUGGACUUCGUUAUCGUUGGAAAACACCAGGAAUGCAACUGCCUUCCGCAGACUACCACUAUAUCCAGGAUCUCCGAAAGCGUUAUUUUUCAUGGGUUCUGAAUUGAAAACGAUAAAUGUUUCUUGGAAAGCAGAUACCAGUCUAGAAAUUUGCUUAGAAAUAUAUCAAGGAAUGUACAGUGUAUUGAACUUCAUUCCUGAGUGGUAUAUGUUUGACAAGUGGGAAGAUAUUCCUGGGUUGCGAACAUCAUAUCACGGCGAAUUUCAAGUCGUUCUUCCAGAAGCUCUGGAAUGUCGAACGUUCAUUUUAAGCAAGGUAAAUUUGUCGUUCGGUAUGGAUGUCUACAAAUUUGAACAAAUUCUACUUCAUUUGAUAAAUAAUGACAGACUUUAUCGAGCAAACAGGUCACCUGCAGACAUUAAUAUUAAAAUGAUGGAGGUUCUGGAACGAAGAAUCACGAUUGGAGUUCAUAACGGUCUAUGCUAUAUCGAGAAACCGCAGUGUCUACACUUUGGUUCAUCGGAAAAUCAAAUUUGCAAUAUCCCGCAAAUGAAAUUGAAUAAGCUAAUGAACAAAUCAAAUUUAACAUCGGAGUCGCAAAGUUUGUUUAUGAAUGGAAGUGUGAUUUUAAAUAGAAUAAUUCCAGAUCCCCACUUUGCCAUCGUCUUCUCGUUGGACUAUCUUGUCGGAGUUUAUUCAUGUGAUGGUACAAUACAUUCAUCGCAGUCAGUGGUGGUCUGCUGGGGUGCUUGGUGUCCCUUCGCUGUAGAUAUUGUUCCUAAUGGUGAGAUUACCGUCCCUUUACUCGGAGGACCAAACAUUAAUCCGGAUGAACGUUUGGUAUUUAAAAACUCGUUUGCUUUUCGUUCUGAUUUGCCUUUUUGCAACCAGUUGCCAAGGAUUCAGAUUAUAUUCAUAUGUUCAGGACUAGGAAAGAUCGAGCAACUGUUAGAUAUUUCAACACAUGUUAAUAAUGAGUCACAGCUGCAUAACUUGAAAAGAUCCAAUGUAGAAUCUACUAGACAUCAACUUAAGUCUACUCAAGCUGCUCAGAAUUCUGAAAAAAUGCACGAAAUCAAAACGUUGCUGUCCUCAUCACUGGAAAAAGAAAAUUCUGAUGAAAAAAUUCCAUUAAGUGAAGAGCUGAAAUGUGAUACUACUUAUACGAGCGUGAAAAUUUAUGGUUCACCGUUAGUUAGGACAUCAAACAUAUGUCGUACGUCUCUUGCUGUCCUGGCCGACAUUUCAUUCACCCCUAUCAAAGAUCGCAAUGGAAACAAGCCGAAAGUUGUAGACAUCGAAAAUUUCCCGACUGCAGAUAUCAAUGUUGAACUGAACGAUAAACUGCAUACGAAUGAAAUCAUUGUGCAAUUUAUGGCCGUUGAAAUCAGCUUAGAAAAUGGUUGCGUCAAGAUACCAACUUCGGUAUUCUUUACAAUUGAAUUUUUUCGUUUCCACACAGUUACAACUGAAAGAUUAUGGCUGGAUACAGUUUAUUCAAAAGCAAAUCUCCACCAACAAUUAUUUGUUCUGAAGCGCAGAGGAAACAUCGAGGAGAUAGCUAAAGAACACUGCAAUGGCUUCACUGUAAGAUAUAUGGUUGAUGGAAAUUCAUUUCCAGAUGGGGACGAAGAAGAUUACAUUAACUAUCUAUCAAAUGGCCAUGCGAUUGUUGAUGUAUGGGAUGCCCAGUCUUUGUUACCUCUUGGCAAAUCGUAUAUUCCACUAAAGUGUUUACUGAGACGUGGAUGCGAAGCAAUACAAGUUGAUAUACAAAGUGCGGUAGUGCUCAGCAAUUUUCCUGAACCAUCCAUCAUAACAUGUGAACUAUUACUUCGAUUAGCCAGUGUUGGUCAUCCAUGCUUUAAACAAAUGGAUUCACUACGAAGUCGAACCAAUGCAGUUGUAAGCCGACAGCUGACUCGAAUCGGUGAAAAUGAAAAUGAGUCAUACAAGAUUAGAGCUAAAUCACUGAAUCCAAUCCAUGAAAAUUCGCUGCAACGUUUCCUGGCUGCUCAAAGGUUGGAUAUAGACCAGCGUUAUAAUGAAAUUGUGAACGAUGCAAAAAACCUGAGAACAAAAAAUCUGCCACUCACGACAAAAGGAUCAAUGAAGCGAUAUCUGUUUCAGCAAGAAUUAGAAGCAUACAAAAAACUACGUGAUGAAGAUAAAGCAUCGAAAUUAUUAAAAGUCGUUUUCAAAUCAAUAACUACAGAAUAUCGCAUUUAUCCAAAAUAUGGUCAAGUCAUAUUUUUCGAGUACAUGCUUCAAAAUACUGAACCAUAUCCAGCUGUUAUCGUUGUGGACACUGCUGAGAGCACAUUGAAACCACUUUUUGAUGUGGGAUUAUGGCAAUAUUACAAAAAUAUGUAUGGGAUUGAAACUCCACUUGAAAGGGAUCUUUAUCAAAUAUCAAGAAAGGAUGAACAAAUCACCGAAGUGCACAUUUUCCUGAAACCUAUGGAAACUAUAUGUGCACCGUUUAUUUACGAUGGAUUUGCACUACCUCAGGAACAAAUCAAAAAUCAAGUCAAAAUAAUAUUCAAAAAGAAAAAUGGUGGUGAACCAAUAGCAAUCUUAGACUUAUUGAUUGGAAAUCGUCAUAACAUUAUUUCUAAUUCAUUUCGUUUCUAUCACGAAGCGGAAACAACGCUGUCUAAGAUUAUUCAUAUUACCGGAUAUAAAAAUCGUGUGCUUUCCAUUCGUUGUACGGAUCCCCUUGUACUGACUUCAUUUAAGAACAAUUGCGAUGGCUCUCAGGAUUUACAUUUUACAUGUCAAACUGGUAAAGCACCAAUGUUGCGAACAUUCACUGUAAUUUUUUUUGCUGACCAGUAUUACAGCACUGUUCUUGGAGCAUGGUUAAUACACAUUCAUUCGGUGAAUCAAAUCAAUCUAAAUGCUGUUCGAGCACAACUCAUUAAAAUUCCCAUCGUUUUAAAAACUGAUGAUAAAUGCAGUGGCCUGGUUCGUUUCGGAAGCUCUUCAAAAAAUUUUGAGGUUCAUCCAUCAGAUGCAAUUGCAGCGCAAUUUGGUGGCACUUUGAAUGCUGUAGUUCAUUUCUUACCGAAUUUCAUAGGUUUCCGCAUGGUGCUGAUUUCCGCAACUGAUGAACGAACAAAUCAUUUGCUUUAUCAAUGGAUGAUUGCAGUAAAUGUGCAAGAAGCGAACAUCACUAAAAUAUUUGAAGUUUAUUUGCAAAACAAUAGGGAUCAAACAAUCGCAUUAACUGUGAAGAAUCGGUACAGUGUGCAACGCUCAUUUCGGAUUUCUUGUUCGCAUCCAGAGUACGUCCGGAUUGAAAAUGAUAUCGUUAUGCUUUCUGGGCAUAAAGCAAUUGAUGUUUCUUUAAUAUUCCUGCUAAAUAAUGGAGUGAAAUUACCUGAGGUGCUUAUAUUUGUUACGAAUGUGGAAAACAAUCUUCAAGAAGAAGCCUAUUCUAUGAAAUUGAUUUAUCAUGAUUAG